ACGCCACACCGGAUACUCGUCUGUUGUUUAUAUUGUCGCCCAGCUGCGGUCUUCGUUAUCGCCUGACCUCCGAGCAGCGGACCCGACCAUGAGCGCUGUUCUGCGGGCUGCGUGUGUGCUCCUCCUCGGCCUCCUCUGUCUCUCCCUCCCGCCGGCCUCCUGCCGGACUCCGAUUCCUCCUCACGACCAGGUGGCCCGCGUGGCCCGCUUCGUCGCCCACCAGUGCGACUGGGCCUCCAUGGCCACCAUCUCCACCCACCAGCCGGUGGUGGGGCAGCCGUUCUCCAACGCCUUCUCAGUGAGCGACGGGCCGGAGGGCUCCGGCUCCGGAGUGCCCUACAUGUACCUGACCCGCAUGGAGAUCUCAGUGCAGGACCUGGAGGUGAGUCCUCAGGCGUCUCUGUCCAUGUCUCUGGCCCAGACGGACUACUGCAGGCAGCAGGGCUUCGACCCCCAGAGUCCUCUGUGCGCGCACAUCAUCCUGUCCGGAUCUGUGAUGGAGGUGAACGGGACCGAGGCAGACUUUGCUAAGAAAGCUCUGUUCAGCCGCCACCCGGAGAUGAUGGACUGGCCAUCAGAUCACAACUGGUUCUUCGCCAAGUUCAACAUCACACAGGUGUGGGUGUUGGAUUAUUUUGGCGGGGUGAAGACCGUCACUCCGGAGGAGUACUUCCAGGCGACGCCGCACAGGAAGCACCACUGACGGUCAGAGCUGCUGGUUCUUGUAGUCCUUUUUGUUCUCUUUGUGUUUCUGCAGCGCUUGGACUACAAGUCCACCAUAAAACUACAACACGAGCGACUCUCGGCAUUUCGCGUGUGAAAUCUAAAAAUGAGAAAAGCAUUUAAAAAAAAUGACAAAAAGUCAAAAUUAUGAGUAAAACAGAUUUUUGAAAUUUUAAAAUUACAAAAUAAUUGACAUUUAAAAUCCAAGCGGAGGGAUAGUGAGUCAAAAAGUACAAAAUUUACACUCAAAAUUCAUACUCUUUAAAUAAAUUUAGGAAAGGAAAAAUUUUGUAAUUUAAUUUUGUAGUUAAACAGCAAUGGAAUCCAAACUAACGUUCCUGGCUCAUAAUUUUGACUGUUUGAUUUUAUUUUUCUGUGAUUAUUUUCUUUUAAUGAUAAUCUUCAUAAUAAUCAAUAGUGCCUUGUCAAUCGAGUUUUCUGACUCAGUUCAGUCAGUGAAUCUGAACGUCUUUUUAGGUGUCGUUUCGACUUUGACCGCCGGGGGGCGCAGCUGAGUUCAGAAUCAAACACAGUUUAGUAAUAGUUUACGUUUUUAACUUGUCUCCUUCAUGUACUUUAAAGGUUUAUUAAAGUCACCACAACUGAAAGUAUGA